CCUCGACUUAGUUGUCAAGGCUCCUUCUCAUAAUAGAUAUGGCACUUAACGUGCAUCCAAAAUUUUCAAUGUACCCUCAAGCCAAAGAAAAAUCCCAAAAACAAGCAUCGUUAAGCACAGCGACGAGUCAGCAGGAAUUUGUAGAGUUGGGCAUUCGGGAGAAGGCCUAAAUAGCUCCAGGAAUGGUUCGACGAAGGGCUCUGGCCGACUCGGCCAGGCAGGCUUCGAUGGCCGCCUACCAGCACCUGUGGCCCAAUGCCUCGUCGAUGCAGCCCCAGACAGUGCUGGUGCCUUCGAUGCCGGAAUAUUGGCAUUCGAUUUGCAACAAAAUGGGCGGGGCGAUUCCCCGGAUGGCGGUGGUGGCGCCACCCCAGGCCAGCAGCCGGAGAUUGACGCGCCUGCGUCGCCAAAUGAUGCGACUGCCCAAGGAGGGCGUUAAUCUAACCAACUUUGUCACCAACUACAUGCAACAGUCGAUGAUGCAGCAGCAGCAACAACGACUGCAACAGCUUCAGCAGCAGCAGCAGCAACAGCAGCCACCGCAGCAACCUCCGCAGAUGUCCUACCAGCCCGUAUGGGAUAGAUCCUGUUAUGGUUCACCAAUGAGGGAGUCGGCUUCGAUUAUGAACAAAUUCUACAGACCUCAAGCAGCAGCCCAGCCCCAAGACAAAUAUUAUACCCAAAAAUUGCCACAGCAACCAGCUACUAGAAGCUCUCAUAAAGUGCAGGAGGAUCGAAACUACUAUGAGUAUCCCGCAUCGACCAGCCAGUUGCAACUGCAGUGGCAGCAGCAGCAGACUCAGUUGCAACAGCAAUUCAAUCAAUACCAAAUGCAGCAACAAACGAAGCCAAUGCCAGUCAGUAUUUUGAAGAGGCAGUCGCGGUCAGAGGCGGGUCAGAGCUUUGCCACCGGAUUGCAAAUCUUCAAUUCUUUGAAAUCCAAACGCAGUCCAAGGAGCUCGGUGGCAACGAAAUACAACGAGCCCCGAGUGGAGUUGAAAGGUGUGCCGGAAGUUCCAGCCAAGCCCAAGAGGACAGACAAGGCAACUGCAUUCAAAAAGGAGCCACCAAAGCCAAAACAACCGUCAUAUCAAAGACAAAAAAGUCAGAAACCCCCAAAGAGCACCCAGCACCCUGGUUGCUUCAAUUUCGGAAAAUGUGCCAGCAGGCUAAUAGAGGGCUUCGGAUGGGACACCAAGUCCGAGACUUCCAUGCAUGCGGCUGCCAAUUCCAAAAUCAAGUCACACCACAGAAGUCAGCAACUCUGUCAGUAUAGAUCCAAGAAUUUCAUCCACAAGGAGGACAAAGAAGAGCCACCACAGGAAAAGUCCACUAGAAAGUCAACUAAAACUGAUGCGGAGAUUAGGUCCACUUCUAGCCGUUUCCUGGAGAAGCUCAAUCGAAAACUGGACUUGGCUAAUGUGAGCAGUACUGGCACUCUCACGAAAACUCCAAGAACCCCCAACCAGAGCCGCACUAACUUGGCCGAGAAGGGAACCAACACCAGGAUGGACCUUCUGCAGGACUUCCUGAAACAAGCUCCCGCCCGCUCAUCUUCGCCCAACUCGAGGAAACUGAAAAUCAAUGAGCUGCUGAAGAACGAUAAGAUCAAGGACCUGGAUGAGAAUCCCAUGCUGCACUCCCUCAUGCAAUUGGUGGCUCAUAUGUGCGAGUCCAGGGAAGAGGAAAAGGCGGAGAAGGCGAAGGAGGAAGGGAAGCAGGACCGCUUGAGGGCAGGAUCCGGGGCUGACAUCCGCCAGAAGCAGUACUCAGUCUACCUCAUGGUAACAUCCGAUGAGGAGGAGGACAGUAAAGGCUCCGAAGCGAAGUCUGAAGUGGCUAAUUCCAGUAGUGAUCCAAAAAUGGAGGAUACUCCCAGCAUGGCUCAUAGCAUGGAAGAUUACUCGAAUCGCUGUAGUAAUGUCUACGAGGAAGAACAUCCUGGCUUAGGGCGUCGCAAAAGGAAACGGAAGCGGCAAGCUCGUGGCGAUCUGGCCUAUCCCUAUCCCUGCCCGCUGCCCCUGUCGAUGAGGCGACCACUCCAUUGGCCCAAAGCUGACCCACCCAAGCCCCAGAGUCGUUCCAAUCGCAUCAAGAACUCCUCUCGAGUUCGGGCUCGAUCGCUCAUCAAACCAGUUUCGAGAUUACGACACCAGAGACCCAUCAGCUCAGUCCUCGACCACAACCGGUCCCAUCGCCUGUGGGAGGACCUGCCAAUCACCGCAAAGGUCCUGAAAAAGGCCUACAGCCGCAUACUGACAUUGGCGGGUGCUACGGAGGGCAGUGUGAAAUUAUAGGACUGGGAAUCCCUUUUGCCAUCUGACCAUUGGGCAGGGAAAGUACAUCAGACCACGGGCGAAGAACAAGGGGCAGCUUUGUCCGACCAAUCAUUAUAGACUCCUUGGUCGAAGAAGUUGCUCCUCACACUUUGCUCCUGGUCUGAUGUACUUCCGCAUGCUAUUUUGGCUUCAUUCCCACUGAUUUUUGUGUCAAAUAUUUGUCAAUUAAAUAGAAGCUAAAAGUU